AUGGGGUGGGAAUUGUCAACAUGGCUGGCACUCGGACGCGCGUCCCAGUUGCUGGGUUCUGCCCUCGCCGUCGGCAUGCACGGCUACUUGACCAUCAAGGUCUUCGCUGCGAAGCUUGGGCUAUCAAAGGAAAUGGUAGCUCUCGAAUUGCUGGCUUGUUUCGUGCUUGGCUACUCGAUACUGGCGCUCAGCAUCGGGCAUAGCGGCCAACGUUCCAGGAGGACGUCCUGGUUAACGUGCUUUGUCGUCUUCGAUGUGAUCAUGUGCGGUGUGCUGCUCGGCGCUAUCACGACGCUUGCCCGUGCCGGUCUUCCGGUACAUUGUGCUGGCAUGACACGGAAAGACUACAAGGAAGACGAAGAACAAAACAAACCCAAGCCCGGCUUCACUACCAUUCGCUUCGGUGAUGAAAGCGUCGGUGAGCGAGGCGAACUCGAUGGUCUCUGUGGUCUUGACCGCUCCUACUAUGGCAUUGCGAAUGCUCUAGUGUUCACAUACAUUUUCACCAUCACCAUAACCGUACUCCGGAUACUCGAGAAGAACUACACCAGCAAAAGCAAGGUCAAUGAACUGCUAGAGUCACUCGGGCGGGCCGAGGACAUCCGCCUCAAAGCCAUGGAUUCUCCGUCACCACGCGACGAGUCGCCGGACAUGAACCUACCACCGCCCCCGAGCGAAGGCAUCAUUACGCGCACCACGUCGCUCCGUAGCAACUUUACGACCGCAACAUCAGUCGCAGCUUCCCACACGGGCGCUUACGGACCCAGCUCUAUCCCCCGCCGCCCAGUCGGCCUCAACCAGCCACCACCGCUCCCGCAGAGAUCCUUACCGGCAUCCUCCCCAACCUCGUCUCACUCUCCCAACCCAGGCCUAAACUUCAACUCCAUCCCCCUCGAAGAGGACAACACCGCUGAAGCCGCCCUAGUAUCAGACGGCAUGCGGCACCAACCCCACCAAAACCGUCACCUUCACCAACAACCUCCCCAAUCCCUUCCCCACUACCACCACCCUCACCACCAGCGCCACCCAUCGCGAGACCAGUAUCCUCCAUCAGUCACACCACGAAUAUUACCCAUGCUCUCGGAGGAAGAGCAAUCCGCCGACUUGGCGCUCGUCUCGGACGGCAUGCGGCCCGCGGAACCCACGCUCCCGGCCUACCACCCGGGUAACAGGCGCAUGUCGGGCCAUGCCGGGGAAGACAACGAGAUGCGCUUGAGCGGCUAUGUCAAGGGACAGACCAGAGCACAGGAUAUGAAGGAUUCGGGGAGGUAUUGA